UGAUCGCGCCUGCCUUCAAUCAUUGAGGGCAUAUAUUUCCAUCGUUAAAGUGGUCACUCGGUUAUCUACUCAAAUAUAGAUCAUCUUUGAUAGUGUUCAAUAUUUCAAGAUGUCGUCGCUGGAACAGAGACUCUCCAGAAUCGAGGAGAAACUAAAGCAAGAAAAUAAAGAAGCUCGUAGAAGAAUUGACCUCAAUAUCGACAUGAGUCCACAACGUUCACGUCCGAGGCCAAUCAUCGUGAUCCAGCUCAGUCCUGCUCCAGCUCCUUCCCAGCGUGCAGCUCUUCAGCUGCCCCUGGCUAAUGACGGAGGGGGGAGUCGCUCCUCGUCCUCUGAGAGCUCACCCCAGCACCAUUCCUACCCCAGCCGCCCGCGACACAUGCUCAACCUGCCCACGCCACAGUACGGCCUGGUGAAGAGCCUGGAGAAUGCGGAGAUAGACCAGAAGCUGCAGGAGAUCAUGAAGCAGACAGGCUACCUGAAGAUCGACGGCCAGCGGUACCCAGCCGAGGUCAGUGACCUGAUCAGCGAGGGGGAGAUCGGCAGCGGCACGUGCGGUCAGGUGUUCAAAGUGCGCUUCAAGAAGACGGGCCACGUCAUCGCCGUCAAACAAAUGCGCCGGACAGGAAAUAAGGAUGAGAACAAGAGGAUUCUGAUGGAUCUGGAUGUUGUGCUGAAGAGCCACGACUGCCCUUACAUCAUCCAGUGCUACGGCGCCAUAGUUACCAACACGGAUGUGUUCAUCGCAAUGGAGCUGAUGGGGACGUGUGCUGAGAAACUCAAGAAGAGGAUCCAGGGGCCCAUCCCUGAACGCAUCCUGGGAAAGAUGACUGUGGCAAUAGUGUCGGCUCUGCUGUACCUGAAGGAGAAGCACGGUGUGAUCCACCGGGACGUGAAGCCCUCCAACAUUCUGUUGGACAACAAGGGCCAGAUCAAGCUGUGUGACUUUGGCAUCAGCGGACGACUCGUCGACUCCAAGGCCAAGACCCGCAGCGCCGGCUGUGCUGCCUACAUGGCUCCUGAGAGAAUAGACCCCCCAGAUCCCAGCAAGCCUGACUAUGACAUCCGAGCAGACGUCUGGAGCCUGGGCAUCUCUCUGGUGGAGCUGGCCACAGGACAGUUCCCCUAUAAGAACUGCAAGACUGACUUUGAGGUCCUGACCAAAGUGCUGCAGGAAGACCCUCCCUCGCUCCCCCUCAGCAUGGACUUCUCCCUCGACUUCCAGUCCUUCGUCAAAGACUGCCUCACAAAGGAUCACAGAAAAAGGCCAAAAUACCACAAGCUGCUCGAGCACAGUUUCAUUCGGCGCUAUGAGGUGCUGGUGGUGGACGUGGCGGGCUGGUUCCAGGCGGUGAUGGAGCGCACUGAGUCGCCGCGCAGCAGCCAAUGUUACAGCCAGCACCAGCUCCACUCGCUCUUCAGCAGGUAGCCCCCGGCCACUGGCCCUGCCCCGGAGCAACUGGAGCCUACAGCCGGGAGACCCCGGAGAGGGACGGAGACACGGAGUAGGCCUAAAACCCUAGACAGACAGACUGGCUCUGUGAAUUGAUUGAUUGAGUCUGGUUGAUUGACUGAUUGAGUCUGGAUCAGGACAGACAGACACGCGGGAGAGUAGAGCUUCACACUGUAGUUCGGCGUCAUCAGAAGUCAUAUCAGCACAUGUACAUUAUUAUCGCGAACACCUUGGCACAUACUGUAGGUUACUCUAAUGCAUGCUCACUUUUCCAUCCAUUAGAUACUGACGUACAGUAGUGAUACUGUAAAUGCAUUUACGUGGUUAAACACAUACAGAAAUACUACUCACUCACUAGUCAUAUCUCACGCUCCUGUAUAAUCUUGUUCAGCUCCAGCUCAGGCCCUAGUCAAAGCUACGGGGUCUGACAACAGAGUAGUCGAUACACACUGGAGCUAAUUUCUGCUACAUCAUGUAGUAUUAAGAAGAUGUAAAAGUCCCUACGGCAAGCCCAGAGGCCCAGUUUCAUCCGCAGUGAUGGUUAGGCUCAGAAGUGGAAGGUUCCGUGCAAUAUUCAGCUGGGUGUUUUAUUUCUAUACUUUUCAACAGGUUGUGUAUGUGUGUGUGUGUGUGUACUAAGACACGAGUGUACGCUCACUUAUGGAUGGCAUAUAGCUGUCCCACUAUCUCUAACAGACCAACUAGACCCGCUGUAUUUGUUUCAGUCUGGGUACAGUCUGGUUUUUAACCAUAGGUUUGAAAAUACUGUAGAUGACAGAAACAUUAUCUUUGAUUCAAAUGCUUAGAGAGAAUAUAAACAAGUACAUGUUCUAGCAGCUUUGAAUUGGGAAAAACUGCAAAAAAAGACCAAAAAAAGUUGGGUUAUGCGUAGCUCUGUAGAAAAGGUGUUUUGUAUUUAUUUAUUUAGAGUGGAACUAGAUAACAGGUGGAGGGAUACAGGGGAGGACAAAAGUCUGCCUUUUAUCAGACUUGGUUUACUUAAUUUACCCCAGCUGCUGUGGUGAAACUCAGUCAGGGAAACUGUACUGCCAGGUAGAUGAGGAAAGAAGAGGCUGAGUGGCAUUGUUGCUUUUUGUUGAAUAGAAGUGUUACAAAAGAAAACAGUUUGGAGGGGAGAUGUGAGUUAUUUUUGUUAAGAAAUAGGCAAGAGACCCUAUACAAAUAAUACAAUAACAUAUAUUUUUGGCUGUGGAGCAUUUCAACCCUCCCCCUCCGCUCUUUCUCAAUGCCACUCAGCCUCUCUUCUUUCUUUCAUUCUUUCUGCUGUUCCAUCUUUUAGAGGCUCCACAGUUUUGUCAAACCAAAGGUGGUAGUUGUCGGUUGAGUGUGUCACACAGGCCCUCCUGACUGUUGCCUCCCCUCCUGCAGGGCCAGAGCCAAAGCCAGGUAGAGAAGACUACUACCUCCCCAUUGGGAGUUUGCAAGAUGGCACUGACAGGUCUGGGAUCAGACUUCCCCAACACACACCAAGCCAAAUCCCUGCUAGACACAGACACGAUAGGAGAGGGAGAUCAACGGUAUGUCAGAGAAAUGGAGAGAGGGACUGGAAACGUUGACUAUGAAUAUGUGCAGAAGAAGAGCUAGGGAGAAGCAAGAUGAGGAAAGUUGAGUUGGAUAAAAAAAAAAGUAUUUGAGAUGGAAGGAUGAGGUGAAAAGGAAUGGAGGAAGAGAAGGAUAAGAAAGUGUGACAGAAGGUCAAGAGGGGUACGCGACAGAAGGUUUAGGGCCGUCUUGAGCUAGUGAGGGAGGAGUGACUGAGCAGAGAAGUGAGUGGUUUGAUAACAGAGAUGUGAGGAGAGAGAUUUUGGAGCCCUGAAUUCAGCCAUAGGCAGGCUAUGGAUCAGAUGUUGAAGCUAGCUGGACAUUGUAAAAGCUUUCAAUGGUGUUUCACCAAUAUAUACGAAUUAUGAUUUUUAGGGCGUGAAUUAGGAUUUGUGUUUUGAUUGUUUGGUGUUCUAUUCAUUAUUGUAUCUUUCAAAAAAUAUUUAAUUAUUUAUUACAUUGCUACAACUGCUGCUAAAUUUUUUUAUCUAGACUCUGCUGUCUAAUUGUCCCCCAAAGGACAAAUACUUAUCUUUUUAAACCAAAUAAGUGAAGUAAUGCAAUGUCUUUACAGUUACCAAAUACAGAAAAGCAAGUCUGAUGGUGAAUGGUGUGAGGGAACACUGACAGAGAGCUAAACCCAUAGAUGAGUAGCAUAGGUUAACGUCACAAAACUAAUCCACACAAUUGAUGUACACCUCACGUGUCUCUAACAAUGUAAUAGUAUGUUGUAGUCACAAUUAUAUCGCACUACAGCACCGCAAAGUCUAGUCGUUAAUAGUGAAGGAGUGUCCGUCUGUCCGUCCUGACCUGUGAACCUUGACCUUUUGCUCCCUGACCUUGGACAUUGUAGUCCAGGGUCACACUAAUUUAGAAUUAGAAUGGUCUGUCUGUCUGUGGGCCUCCUGCAAGCUCAACCCUUGACGUUACACACCAAAGGUGUCAUCAACGAAAACGAGUUAUUGAUAUUCUAAUUGAUUACUAGGACUACGAUAUAUUCUUAGUUUCUCUGUAGCUAGUGAGUGAUAGGGGGAGGGGGCACUUUAGGGGUAGCAAUGCCUGUGUGUGUAGAAUACAGGGAGAGACUUGUACUCUGACAAAGCCCGGGCACAGCAAUCACACCCACUCAGCCAGACAGACCUAUUUACUGUGUAAACUGGUACUGUAAUAAGCCACUGCUCACCAUCACCAAGUCUUGGGAGAGUUCAGGAGAUUGGCUGUGUUGCAGGUAGAAUAUACAUGGUUCUCUUAUCGUUGUGGAAUAGAGAACAGUGUUGGUUCUUUGUUAUGUUUCAGGCUGCAAUGUUCUGUUUGUUGCCCAGACGCAAAUCAUCAUGGACCGACUUUGUUCCAUGGUUCUUCGAUUUUGGUUCUAUAUGCAAUCAGGUAGUGACACACAUUAUUAUACAAUCAAGGCUGCCUGGCCCACUUGCUCAAAGUUUUAAAAUACUGACUUUAUGUACUAUUUACAUGCUCUCUACCCCUUGGGUUGUCCAAAAUCACUAGAAAGUGCACUCUACUCAAAGUGCUCCCUAUUCUCCCAGUCUUGGCUGUCCAGUGCUGUGUCAGACCCAGUCUCCCACUGUCAACUUUCUCUUUUGUUUUGUUGAUGUCUGUUUACAAGCACACACGUGGUCUGUAUGUGGUUUGAAAACACCUGACAGGUGACUGUGCCACUCUUCACCUUUCUGAAAACAGCAGGAACUUUUUUUUGUUGGUUUAGUCCAAAACCGAAUGACUUGGGUGUUUUAGUGUGUUCGUAAAAUGUAUAAUAAUAAAAACGUUUGAAUACUAAUUCUAACCCAUUGCCAAGGGCAGUGGUGGCGCGCCACACACACACCAAAUGUAGGCUAUAGACAGUAUGUCCUCAGUGAUGCUGAUUGACUGCCGUUUAGUGGCUUUGUGUGUUCUUAGCAGGCAGUGGCAAAGCCAGCGCUGUUAGAUGUACUCUGGUAGGGUGCCUCUGAAAUCACACCCUAUGUAGUGCAUUACUUUAUCACCAGGGCUCAUAAGACCCUGGUCAAAAGUAGUGCACAAUGUAGUGACUAGGGUGCCAUUUUGGAUGCACAUAAUAGUCUGCUGCUGCGCUGUACCUUGGGGGUGGGAGGGUGUGUCAUCGCCCCAUCUGUAAGUAAAACCAAAUAUCAUUUUCACUAUGCAGUCAUUCAAAUCCGUCAGCUUGCUGUACGUUAGGGAGUCCUCCUGUAUAUAAACAUAUGGUGAUGAAACUGGACUUGGUGACCAUAUGAGAUCUUCUCCCUAGUACGGUUGAAAUCAUGCCUUCAGCUAGUCCAGAGGGGAAAUGAGUAAAGCGAGAGACGUGUUUGAGUGAGCUGACUAUUUAAGGAUUGUAUUGGGGUUGGGGUGGGGCCGUCUGGUUGUAGUUUUUGGGGUGGGUUAAUUGGGGUUUGUAGUUUGGGAGUUGCUAGUCCAAUGCUGUAAGUAUAUCAAUUGCAUGUUAUUGUCGCUGAUGUAACUGCUAUUGAUUUUAGAUUAUGUUUGGGGGGGGGGGACAAAACUAUAUAUUUAUAAUUUUUACAAUUUUUUUUUUGCAAAAUGUUUUAAUUGUGUACUUAGGAAAAUACACACUUUUGCCUUUUAUGUUCUCUUGACUUGUUUUCAAUCUGCUAUUUGCAAUAUACAUUUUUACUUGUAUUGUCAUUUAGUUGGUUUCAUGGCGAGAAUGAUCGUGUACUAUAGAUCCUAGCAGCAGACUUUUUGUUGUUGUCCGUUCCUAAAUGUGCCGUGUGUCUUUCAUUCAAUUAGCUGUGAGAGUGAGGAUGGAUGGAGGGCACAGUCUGUGUCUUUCAUUCAAUUAGCUGUGAGAGUGAGGAUGGAUGGAGGGCACAGUCUGUGUCUUUCAUUCAAUUAGCUGUGAGAGUGAGGAUGGAUGGAGGGCACGGUCUGUGUCUUGGAAGUGUUUUGUCUACCAAAAGUCAGAUUUUAUUAUUUACCUUUUUCGUCCAUUGUUUUUAUUUUAUUUUUUACAACUUUUAUUAUAUUCAGGGAAAAGAUGACACCAAAUUUAAUAAAUACAUUUCCAGAUGAUCCUUGAGAGCGUUUGAGAUGGAGUGUGACAGUGUAGUCGUUCUGGAACGCCGGGGUCAAAGGUGUCUUUUUCUCGCAGAGCGGAGUUCACUGCUCCGUUUAGCCACUUCUUCACCCUGUGAAACCUUGGUCCUCCGAUAUCCUCUUAACUGAAUUUGUUUAAUUUUUUUCCAUGAUCAAAAUAUCAUGAUUGAUUGUUUCUCGGUUUAAAUCUUUUGUGUGCCAUUUAAUUUGUUUUAUUUCUACCCAGAAACCUCACUUUGUUUUUGUGGUUCUCUGAUGCUGUAUUAAGCUGUAUGGUCAAACUCAUUUGACUACAUUUGAAAUGGCACCCUAUUCCCUAAAUGGUGCACCUGAAGUAGUGCACUACAUCGGGAAUGGGCGGUGCCAUAUGAGACGAAGGCAAUGAGAGAGCGUCUUAUUAAUGCUGAAAUUAUCACGAAUGGCGUUUGCACUUGGGCAGCUUUUGAGUCGAGUGGGGAGGAGUCGUUGGGAGCUCUUUCUGGUUGCAAACGUCCAGUUUGACCAAUCACAGACCUGCGACUGGCAGAAAAAAACUUAUUUCAACAAUGUAUAUGUAUGUUCACUAUUUAUUUGUCUGUUUUUAUAUAUAUUUUAAGCCAAACAAGACACACAUGGUAAAGAGAAUUGUCUGUCUGUCAUUGGCGUUGCUGUUGAUACAAAAGCCAAAUAUCAAACCACACUAACCCACAGGAAACAUUGCUAUUAUAAUGGAGUGGGUUUAACGUCUAGAUAGUGUAUGCUCUUUUAGUACUGGCUUGGCUGAGCUGUAGGAUGUCUGUCUUCGUGUUUGUAUACUUUAGUGUGUGUGUGUGUGUGUGUGUGUGUGUGUGUGUGUGCACUCCAUUUGAAAUCCUGCUCAGUCAAGCCAAACAGAGGUUAUGGUUUAAAUCUUAACAUUUACAACAUGGGUGGUAUUAAAGAGUGCUAUGCUAACAACCACUUAAGUUAGCUCCUAUUGUUUGAAACAAGUAAUGAAUUAUCCUCCUGAAACAGACUAGCAGUCAACGUUUUAUGCAUACUAUGACUAAUAGUUUUCUAUUCCGAAGUGGAUUGAUUGGCUCGUAUUUAACCUGCACUCUGUAUCGAGGUGGAAACCGUUUUAAAAUGUUGGUAAAGAAUCAUUUGCUUGUUCCCUAGGCUUUCUAAAUGCAGUAUUGCAUGACUUGCUCGAUUUGAAAGUGGAAAAUGGUGUACUUUUUCAUCUCCAUUGCAAUUCCAUGGCUUUUUGUUUGUAUGUAUAACUCAAAUGGUUUGUUCUGACGGUUGUAUCAAUCUACACAGCUACUGUCUCACUCUGCUUUUUGUUGUCUUUUCCUCUUUCAAACAGAAAUGCCAUUAUAUUGUGAAUACCUCAGGAUUUUUUUGGAGACAAAUCAAAUAAAGAAAAGUUGCUGAGAA